AUGCGCAAGCAUUCAUACAGCUCUUUCCACGACCCACGUCAACUCGAUGUCGCCGACUUUCCUGCGGUCCGCCGCUCUCUCAAAACACAAUCUCAGCCAGACGCGGAAAGCAUCAUCGACCAUGUUCCAGGGGAGCCGAAUGUCGAUCUUAGCCAACCCAGCGUCUACGGUUUCCUGAGCUCCGAAUUCCACACGCCCGUCCUUGAUGAGCUCCAUCCGCAUCUGCGGGAGAUCCUUGCGAUAGAAGACAUCUCGUUACAUUUAGUAUGGCACCGCAGCAGGAUCAACAUCAAGCCCAUGCCGCUCUUCUUGCUCAACUACGACUUCUGGGCAAAACCCGUCUUUGAUCGGAGUAUUGCGUUGGGCUUCAUGCUCACCUACGCCUUGCUUGUACGCCAUCGUCUAGACUUCUUUUUGGCGCGUGAAGCGCACCUGUUCCCAGAAGACUUGGAUUGGACCCAGCGGUCCAAGCUCAUUGCUCACUUUCACCACGUCCAAGACGACGAGGUCGCCGAACGUUAUCGCUAUGGCCAGCCCCGCCUCUCUCGCUUGAACUGGGCCGUCCGGAUAUUCCGUCCAGCAUCUGCGUUCAAGACAAAGUGGUUCUAUAUAGUGCCGCACUGGUCGGUUCUUUUGUAUCUGGCGCGGGCGCUUACGCCUUUGAUCUUUAGCUUUGCCAGUUUGUCUUUGGUGUUAUCUUCUAUGCAGGUUAUACUGGCCAUUUCGGGUGAUGAGCUGGGGAUUGUUGAUGGGCUGAAAGCAACGAAGGCGAUAUUUUGGUUGUUUUCAGUCAUUGUGCUGGUGUUCUCUACCUCGAUGUGGAUGUUACUGUUUGGUUCACCAAUGUGUGGGUUCGUUUGGCAAUUAUCAUGGGGCCAAAAGCAUAGAGAGAGAACACUGACGAAAGUUAAUACUCCGCACAGGACGGGUAAUACUGCUAAAGUAUGA